GCAAAAAAAUAUAUAAAAUAUUAAAAAACAAAAUAUCAUUAUAUCUGUAUUUAUCCACUUAUAACCACCAAAAUGCUGCCUAAAAUGAAUGUGGAUGAGGUGCGCGUUAGCCUGCAACGCUUCGGCUGGCCCGAUUAUGUGGUCUUCGUCUUGAUGUUGACCAGCUGUGCAGUGAUCGGUAUUUAUUUUGCACUGCAAAUGCGUCGUGAGAGCAAGGCGCGUAAGUCGCUCACCACCGAAGAUGCGGAGGAUGCUUACUUGGUGGGUGGCAGAAAUAUGAAGAUUUUUCCCAUCGCCAUGUCGCUGAUUGCGAGUUUCAUCUCGGGCAUUACGUUGUUGGGCACACCCACAGAAGUCUAUCUCUUCGGCAUACAAUAUCUCUACAUUAUGGGUUCAUUGGUGAUAAUGGGUUUCGUGCUGUACUACUUCUUCCUACCAGUGUUCCACGAUCUCAAACUAAUAUCCACUUACCAGUAUUUAGAGUCUCGCUAUGACAGACGCAUGCGGCUUUUUGGGUCAGUGCUCUUCAUGUUUGGUUCGUUAUUGUGGCUGCCGAUUGUCAUCUAUGUGCCUGCACUUGCCUUCAAUCAAGCCACUGGAAUUAAUAUACAUCUGGUAACACCAAUUGUGUGUUUGGUGUGCAUUUUCUACACCUGUGUGGGUGGCUUGAAAGCUGUUGUUUGGACUGAUGUCAUACAGACGCUCAUCAUGUUCGGCGCUAUGGUCUUGAUCAUUGUCAAAGGCACCAUAGAUGUGGGUGGUUUUGGUGCAGUUUAUCAGAGAGCUAAAGAGAGUGGACGCAUUGAGACGCCGAACUUCACCUUUGACCUCACCGAACGCUACACAGUUUACUCGCUCUUCAUUGGCGGUGUGGCUCAUUGGCUCAAAUCGAAUGCGAUCAGUCAGAAUAUGAUUCAACGUUAUCUCUCGCUGCCUAACAUGAAGUCGGCGCGCACCGCCGUUUGUAUCUUCAUAUGUGGUGUGCUAACCUUUAUUUGCCUUUGUGGCUAUAGUGGUCUACUCAUUUAUGCCACCUAUCACAAUUGCGAUCCGCUACAAACUAAGCUCGCCAAACGAAACGAUCAGCUAUUGCCGCUGCUUGUCAUGGAGAUACUAGGUGACUUUCCGGGCUUGCCUGGUCUCUUCGUUGCUGGUGUUUUUAGUGCUGCUCUCUCUUCGCUUUCCACUGGCCUGAACUCCAUGUCGGCGGUAAUGCUUGAGGAUUUCUUCAAAUCAUUCGCCAAAAAGCCGCUGACUGAGCGUCAAACGGCAUUAAUAAUGCGUUUUGUGGUAAUCAUCUUUGGCGCCAUAUGCGUGAGCUUGGUUUUUGUAGUGGAGAAACUUGGCACAGUGCUACAGCUGACUAUAACCUUAUCGUCUGUGGCGAAUGGACCGUUGCUAGGUAUUUUUACUGCGGGCGUUAUGGUGCCUUGGAUAGAGGGAAAGGGCGCUCUGGUUGGCGGUCUUAGCAGUCUCUUCUUUAUGGCCUGGAUGUGCAUACGCGCCCAAGCCGAUUUGGCUAGUGGUGCUGUAAGCUACCUACGGAAGCCACAUACCAUUACAGGGUGCAAUUAUACGUUCAUAGAUUUUGCCUCGAUGAGUAUGGUGGCUGAGAAUAUAACAGAAUCCACAACAUCAGUGCAUUUGAACGACGGCGCCUUCCACAUCUACAACAUCUCCUAUUUAUUCUACACGAUGUUCGGCUCGCUAAUAACGGUCGUGAUUGCUUCGAUCACAAGCCUUGCAUUGGGCGCAAAUAAAGUGGAAGAUAUGGACACAAAACUACUGUCGCCCUGUGUGCGUCGAUGGGUGGAUUGGUAUAAGGCAAAGAAAGCGCUGAAAACGAAUACUCAACUACAAACACAAACGCCCAAAGGUGGCGAAGUCAACAAUAUCAAAUUGACGAAGCUGGCGGAAACGCCAACAUAAAAUAAUAACGAGUGGUUUUGUGGUAACGAACGCAAAAUAUUUGGUUAAGAAUUAUUUAUUUACAGCUAUAAGCGACCUACCACAGAGUUUUUGUGAAGAAAACAGUUGCGCGGAAAAUUGGACUUGUCUCAAGGCCACUAUCAUUCGCGCCAUGUAAACUAAGCUUGCGGUACUCGUGCUUGAGCCAGUAUUGCAUGAAGCCUACUUUUCGGCGUACUUUUCUACAAAACUUGUUGAAGCUGUUACAUUUAAUAAAAUAUACUAAGUAAUUGUAAAUAAUGCUUAUUAGAGUGGAAAGCAUUAAUCUUUAGAGAGCAUAGCAUUACAAAAAGUAGAAAUAGAAAUAUUAAAAAAAAAAAUUAAAUAUUAAUGUUCCUAUAAAUUAUUGUAAAUAAAUCAACACAUUCGCCCAAUCCA